AUGACUCAGGAACGUUCUCUACUGAAGACAUUUGUUCUGCUGUCCAUAGCUCUAGUUGUCUACGAACAUCUCCUUGAUUUGCCGAGAGAGAUCCGCUUUGUUUGGCUUGGCAAAUGGGGAUGGGGAUCAGUCGUAUACGUCGUAAACCGCUAUUGCAUACUCGCAUGGGCUGUGAUUUAUACUCUUCCGUGGAACAUAGUGAGUCUUAUAUACGCUAACGAAAUAUCGGGACGCUCAUUCUGGCUCACAGAAGUUCAUUAUGCUGAGCAAUUGUUGAAAGCUUUUUCCGCCCUCCGGGUCUUUGCCGUAAGUGGCCGCAACAGCAUCAUCACUGCGCUGGUCCUUGUGCUGGGGUUGGCCCCUGUAAUCACAAACAUCGUGCUGGUUAUACUCACUCGAUGCUGUCAAAUCGCAUGUGACGCCAUAGUUCUGGCAACACUAUGGUUCUACAAUCGUACCCAUCUAAAGAUGGUGCGGCAGAUGAGCUUUCGGUCCGUGGCGACAGUGCUAUUGCGAGAUGGUUCCGCCUAUUUUGCAACGUUACUUCUGCUCAACGUCUUAGAUGUCAUUCUGUGGACUCGCGGUGAUGUAUUCCAGGAGACCGUUGACGAGUUCGUAAUCCCGCUCACAUCCAUCCUGAUAUCGCGAUGCCUGCUGGGCAUGCGCGAAGUCGUUGUCGCACCAACCGAGAGCAGCGAUUUUGUAAUGCCCAAUGUCAGCUUCGGGACACCUGAUAUCGUCCGGACUUCGCAGUCUACGAUGUCGUCGGACCACUUCAUCGAUACCUUGACUAACCGAUCAAUUGAUGCAAGCAGAGAAACGGCGUAGGCGAAGUGGGAAGCUUCGUGAUAGCGUUAACUCGAGAUGUCUGGGACACUCUCGGACGAAUUGCAGAUACAAUGCUACUAGGAUCUGUCUCCGGCCAUUUGCACUAUAUCGGAUGACAGAAGAUACGGCAGUCGAAGUUGGUCCGAGUAUUCGAAUCUCCAUCAGAACCAUGAUUUAUACUACAAUUCAUGUCACUUGUGAAAGUCUUUAAAUAGUCGCACUCCCUGAUUACCGGUGGUCUCCUGUAGCUCAUGAUUUUCGAGCCAGAAGAGUGGUCCAGCGCGCACCACGCUGGCGCUCAGGUUCAAC